AUGGCAAUGGCAAACAACAAAACACAAUGUUUCACAUGUAACAAAGAAAAAAUAACAUAUCCUUGUGAAGGAUGUUCACAAAGAUUUUGUUUAGUUCAUUUAAACGAACAUAAACAAAUAUUAAAUGAUGAAUUAAAUCAUAUUAUUAAUGAUUAUGAUGAAUUUAAACAAACAAUUAAUGAACAAAAACAAAAUCCACAAAAUCAUUCAUUAAUAAGACAAAUUAAUAUAUGGGAAAUAAAUUCGAUUGGAAAAAUUCAACAAAAAGCAAAAGAAUGUAGAGACACUGUCAUUAAAUAUUCACAAAGAUUUAUUAAUGAUAUUGAAAUGAAAUUUAAUGAUUUAAGAGAACAAAUAAAACAAUUUCACAAAGAAAAUGACUUUAAUGAAAUUAACUUAAAUUAUUUAACAAACCAAUUAAGAAAAAUUACAGAAGAAUUAAAUGAUCCAUUAAAGAUUGCUAUUCAACAAGAUUCACAAACAUUUAUUAAUGACAUUUCGAUUAUUUCAACAAAAAAAUCAAAAUCCAAUAAAUGGAAACAAAAUGCCAUCACUGUGGCUGGCGGAAAUGGACAAGGACAACAAUUAAAUCAACUGAGUCAGCCUUUUGGAAUCUUUAUUGACAAAAAGAAAAAUAUUUUCAUUGUUGAUUCUUUUAAUGGCUGUAUUGUUAAAUGGAAACAUAAUGCAAAACAAGGACAAAUCAUUGCAGGUGGAAAUGGAGAAGGAAAUCGAAUGAAUCAAUUGAAUCAACCAAAGGAUAUGAUUGUUGAUCAACAAAAUCAUUCCAUCAUCAUUGCUGAUUAUGAGAACAGGCGAGUGAUUCAAUGGUUGAAUCAAAAGCAACAAAUUCUCGUUCACAAUAUUGACUGUUUGGGCUUAGCAAUGGAUAAACAUGGAUUUCUUUAUGUUUCUGAUUAUGAGAAGAAUGAAGUCAGACGAUGGAAAAUGGGUGAAUACAACAAUGAAGGAAUUGUAGUGGCAGGUGGAAAUGGCAAUGGAAAUCGACUUAAUCAACUUAAUUUUCCUAGUUUUAUCUUUGUUGAUGAAGAUCAAUCUGUUUAUGUAUCAGAUUCUGUCAAUCAUCGUGUAAUGAAAUGGAGAAAAGAUGCAAAAGAAGGAAUAGUUGUGGCUGGAGGAAAUGGUAAAGGAAGAAGUCUCAAUCAAUUGUCUACACCUAAAGGAGUAAUUGUUGAUGAUUUGGGUCAAAUCUAUGUGGCAGAUAGUGGGAAUCAUCGAGUAAUGCGUUGGUGUGAAGGAAAAGAAGAGGGUGAAAUUGUCGUUGGUGGAAAUGGUCAAGAAAAUCAAUCAAGUCAGUUCAAUUGUCCCUGUGGUUUAUGUUUUGAUGAUGACGGAAAUCUUUAUGUUGCUGAUUCAGAAAAUGAUCGAAUUCUAAAAUUUGAAAUAAUUUUGUGA